GUCCAGCGCUGUACAGGCUUUUCCGCGCCAUCAUCUUUAGUGUCCGCAGUCUUUUGGUCAUCCCCUGUACUGUCUCCUGGUCAUCUCCUGUACUGCCUGCAGUCUCUGGUCAUCUCCUGUACUGUCUUCGCAGUCUCUGGUCAUCUCCUGUACUGUAUCCGCAGGCUCUGGUCAUCUCCUGUACUGUAUCCGCAGGCUCUGGUCAUCUCCUGUACUGUGUUUGCAGUCUCUGGUCAUCCCCUGUACUGUCCGCAGUCUCUGGUCAUCUCCUGUACUGUGUCCGCAGUCAGUCUCUGGUCAUCUCCUGUACUGUGUCCGCAGUCUCUGGUCAUCUCCUGUACUGUGUCCGUAGUCUCUGGUCAUCCCCUGUACUGUCUGCAGUCUCUGGUCAUCUCCUGUACUAUGUCUGCAGUCUCUGGUCAUCUCCUUUACUAUGUCUGCAGUCUCUGGUCAUCUCCUGUACUGUCCGCAGUCUCUGGUCAUCUCCUGUACUGUGUCCGCAGUCUCUGGUCAUCUCCU